CGAGCUCGUUUAAGGAUGCCGGGUGCGAGAAAGAAGUGUGUGCUUGUUACCGGUGGCUGCGGUUUUAUCGGUAGUCACACAGUCGUUGAUGUGGUGGAGGCUGGCUAUGACGUUGUCGCCUUGGACAAUCUGGCUAAUUCAAAUAUGGAGGCCUUGCGUCGGGUGGAGAAAAUCUGUGGCCAGAAGAUCCCGUUCGACAUCGUUGAUCUAGUUGAUUUGAAGGCCUUAGAAGAUUUUUUCGAUAAAUACAAAAUUGACUACGUGAUCCACUUCGCCGCAUUGAAAAGUGUGGGAGAUUCGGUGAAGCAACCGUUGCAAUAUUAUGAGAACAAUAUUGUUGGUCUACUAAACCUCUUGAAGGUAAUGACUGCACGUAACAUCAAGAAUUUAGUGUUUUCCAGCUCGUGCACUGUCUAUGGCGAGCCACAAUCUCUGCCGCUCAAGGAAGAUCACCCCAUUGGUGAUUGUGUGAAUCCCUACGGGGCCACGAAGUAUUUCGCGGAGAUCAUUCUCAAGGAUCUUCAUAGAUCAGACCCUUCAUGGAACAUCGUCAGUCUGCGGUAUUUUAAUCCUAUCGGAGCUCAUGAAUCCGGGGAUAUUGGCGAAGACCCCAUAGGCGUGCCGAGUAAUCUGAUGCCCUAUGUAUCCCAAGUUGCGAUUGGCCAGCGUCCUCACGUGAACGUGUUUGGCAGCGAUUAUAAGACGGCUGAUGGAACAGGGGUCCGAGAUUACAUACACAUCACCGACCUAGCUCGGGCCCACGUUAUGUCUCUGGCGAAAUUGGAUGAACAGUGUGGACACAAAGCCUAUAAUCUCGGUACUGGCACAGGCUACUCCGUUCUACAACUGAUCAAGGCUAUGGAAAAGGCAUGUGGUAAACCGAUUCCCUACAAAAUGUGUUCACGCCGUGAGGGCGAUACGUCAAUGGUGUAUGCCGACCCAUCGCUGGCUGAGAAAGAACUCAAAUGGAAGACUAAAUACGGCUUGGAUAAAAUGUGCGAAGACCAGUGGCGUUGGCAGAUGAAAAACCCAAACGGAUUCAGCACUCAAAAGUCGUAAACUUCUGGUUUUAGGAAUCCCUUUCCUUAUGAAAUUCUCCAGUUUGCCGAGUUACAUUCACAUUCCCACGCUUGUGAACAAGCCUUCCCAUGUGCUUUCUUGAGGUCGACAGUGUGAUUUGAAUGUUGCUGUUUUCCUUAUCGGGUGCUUCGAUAAUUUGUCGAUAUUUGUAUGGAAUACAUGUGCGGGUGCCGUCCGAUUUCGCCAGUUGAAUCUGCUGUAAAUGUGCCUUUCGGAUUCCUUGCUAUUCCUUCUUUUGAUAUUGUGCGCCUGUCUAAACCCUUCAUUGGGAUUGAGUAUUGAUUUCCGCGUUAACCAAAUAAGGCCUUCAGCUAGUAUGGAUACAACGUUUUGUGGUUCAGUUGAACACAAUUGCAAUCGCGUUCAAGAGAGAUGAUGAUACCAAAACUUAAUGAGAAGACGGUGAAAAAUACGUCUAGGACGUGCGGUGAUCACAAUCCAUUUUUCCCGGUUACAGUAACAUGCUAUUGUAUACCGCUGUUUGGUAUUGUGUCUACGGUCGAAACAAGGUAUUGAAAUUAGAGGUCCUCGUUAUUUUACCUGCAAAAUCG